GUAAAUGAUGCAAACUGAGAUCGCGUUUACCCUUUUACAUUCUAAAUCAUAAAAACGGAAAAUAUUAUAUUAUUUUCAAAAAUGAGAUCCGAGUCGACUCGUUCACGAACAUCACUUAAGUAAAUUCAACCAAUUAAAGGUUUUUGUUACCUUUGUUUGCCCAUAAAUCACGUGUAAUUAUUGAAUCGCUUCACAAAAAUACCCUCAAGCCAAAACGAAACUGUAAACUGUAGGUUUGGCUCAUAGACUCGUUAUGGUUAGACUAUAAAGUUUAAAAUUAGCCUACAUUUAGUUAACAGGAAGUUCGUGUUGUGCUCUUUGUGUUAAGUAACAAGAGGAAGUUUUUAAGCGUGCUUAGUUUACUUCAGUUCUUUGUAUGUAAACUCAAUACAAUGGACGUCUUUCAAGAGGCUGUGGAUUACCUGGAGGCUCGGCACGUGCCAAUUGUAAUGGAAGCAGAGCCUGAGGUUUUGGAAGAAGACGUUUUCCACGAAGAAGGAGCUCCCUUGUUCUCUCCACUUGUCACUACAAUGACCCUUCCAGACACCCCAACUUUGUUAACUGAAAAGGAAAUGUUGGAGAGAAGGCUGGUGGUCCUUAAAGGCAUCUUGGAGAGCGAGGAGGUCUAUCUCAAUGAACUGGAGACUCUGCUAACGCCAAUGAAGGCCCUCCGAGCAUCUGCAGGCACCUCCCAGCCGGUUCUGUCCGCUCAGCAGGUCCAGACUGUUUUCUACCAGGUCCCAGAGCUCAAACAGCUCCACCACGACUUCUACUGUGGCCUCAAAGCUCGUCUCACCGCUCACUGUGAUCAGGAACAAGAACAGGAACCAGCGCCAGACCUAAAGUACAGCUCUGACCCCGAAACAGAAACCAAACACAAGGGCUUUGAGCUGACCGUCGGCGACCUCUUUCUCAAACUCGUGAAUCAGAUUGGAUUAUAUGGAGGUUACAUUGAAAACUAUGUAGAUGCUGUAAAUGUGGUCCAAAAAUGCACACAAGCCGACCCCCGCUUCAAAACUCUGGCUGAGAGCAUGAUGUCAAAUAACAAUGGUUCGCCCAAAUCUCGCACUAAAUAUACUUUUGAAGCUCUGUUGUACAAACCUUUGGACAGAGUCACCAAGACCACUCUGGUGUUGCGUGAUCUUUUAAAAACCACACCUGAGGAGCACCAGGACCACCCCUCCCUCCAGGAAGCCCUCAGACUCUCACAAAGCUUCUUGUCAGGGGUGAAUGAGAGUUCACAGAGCAGACGAGGCGUGACGCUCACUCAUGAAAAGAGACGGCAGCUGAUUCGCGAUGGUUUUCUGGUGGAUGAGAGCGACGGGGAGCUAUGUCUGCGUCACCUUUUCCUGUACACAGACCUCCUGCUGUGCACCAGAGUAAAACCAGCAACCAGAGGGAAACAGGAUCAAUACAGAUUUGCUUGGUAUCUUCCCCUCGCUGGACUCAGACUGCGUUGCUUUUCACAUGAGCGGACUCCAGAGGCCCAACUUCGCUUACACACCAUCAGAACCAAAAUGUACCAGCUCCAUAAACAGCUACAGCAACACGUGAAGGGAUACAGGGUUCGCAGCUGGAAGAAACCUGAGCAGACGGAGCUACUGUUACUCACACUGUCUCCUGUGUACAGACUGGAACUGCACAGUCCCAAUGGGAAGAGCCACACGCUGCUGUCUUCACUGUAUGAGCUUGAAAAAUGGAAGGAGGCCAUUUGCAAACUUACCAAAGAAAACAUAGAGCCAGUCCCUCCUGAUCUGCUCACGCUCACCAGUGCCUGUUUGAAACUGAGAAUGACCCAGACCCCGCCCCUCCAUAGCAGCAGCAGUAGCUUCGCACAAAAGAUGGAAGGGCUAUGUGGGACUUUGGCUGUGGUCAUCCAUUCUGCCAGUGGUCUGCAACAACCAGCCUGUGUGUCCGUUUGUGUGGAGGUGGAUGGAUUUGAUUUUUAUGAAAAGCAAGCACAGACGCACUCGGUCCACGCUCUGAAUCCACAGUGGGAACAGGAGCUGUACUUCCAGGUGGACGGAGCCAGACACAUGAGGGUGAUAUGUGUACGACAGUUGGACGGACAGGACUGGGCUGUGCUGGGGAAGACCUCUAUCACGCUGGACCCUAAAAGUCUCAGUAAUCGAUGGAGAAAACAGUCUCUAAAUCUUGGCGAAGUUGACGUGAACCUGUCCCUGAAAUACACAAAUCACCCUCCGGACCCCCCCAGCCCCUCUUCACAGCAGCAGCAGCCUGUUUUUGGUGUUCCCAUAGAAACUGUCGCCCAACAGGAGGGCGUGCUCGUUCCUCACGUAAUCCGAUGCUGCGUCGAGGAAGUAGAAAGACGAGGAAUGGACGAGGUUGGGAUCUACAGGGUUUCAGGAACCACCGGUGACAUCAAUACACUAAAGACUGCAUUUAACUGUAAUUUAUGUGAAGCUGUCACUCGGCUCAGAGGUGCAGAGGUGAACGCCGUGUGUGGAGUGCUCAAACUCUACUUCAGAGAGCUGCCAGAGCCCCUGAUCCCCGCCGAACUGUUCCAGAGUUUGGCCCAAGCUCUUGACUUAACUGACACAGAUGCGCGCUCUUCUUCUCUGUUGUCUGCAAUGAAGUCCUGUCCUGACACAAACCGCAACACCCUCCUCUUCCUCCUGCACCACCUCCGCAGAGUUUCUGAAAGGCAAGACGUCAACAAAAUGUCUUUGUUAAACUUGGCUACAGUGUUUGGGCCAAGCCUCUUACGCCCUCCAGUGACAGGUGAUGGGAGUGACGGUGCUGGAAUAGACAUCUCUCAAGAGGUGGUUGUGCAGGUCCAGGUGGUCUACUGGUACCUGCAGUGCAAUGAUCUCCCCCAGCCCCAAAUCUCUCUACCCCACGACACAGACACUGAAGACGAGACCACCCACCUGUGAGACCACCAGCACUGUCAUGGAUGGAAAAAGUCCAGGCAUGUGUAAGAAACUAAACUAUGAACUACAAAUGUAUAGUUUUAUUUACAAGCUCUGUUAGUGUUCAGAUUUUAUUACUGUUAAAACCUAUUUAAAGGGUCCAUAUGUUUCCUCAUCACAAACAUACCUGGAGUUUUGUUUUGUUUUAUUCACAUAUGUAAAAAGACAAAUCCUGUAUAGGCUGUGGUCUUCUAUCAAAGGGAAACGCACUGUUCCACCUUGUGAUGUCAUGUGGUAAUACAGGAAGUGCUCCUCUGUGUUUUUAAACUCCAUACACCUUCACUAGAAUCAUUUAGAUGAUUUAAGAUUUGGAAUUGCCAAUCUCGACUGAACUAAAGGUAAAAGUCAUUUGGAUACUUUCAACCUUGGAAAUGCCCAUCUGUACAACUACCACCACAUGACAUCACAGGGUGGAACAGAGCUUCGGAGAUGUAGACAGACUAAUAAUAAAGAGUUAGUCAAACAUGUGAAUGAAACAAAACACAACUCCAGACAUAUAUUUUUUAUGAAGUAACAAGAUUAUAAUAUAUCUUAAAGCUCACAAAGAGUAAAAUUUGCAUCAUACAGGACCUUUAAAAACCCAGGGCUCUCCUUUGGGUAGAACGUUUAGCUGAAUACAGUAAUUUGAUCAAAUGAUGAAGUACGAUCGAAGAUGUCAGAGCUGCAGAUGUUGUAAAAAAGGUCAAAGGUUGACUCCCAUAGCUUGAAAUCCAAUCAGUUCUGGUUCAGAUCCAACUAGCUGGAGUUCAACACAAAAUGUACGGGCCAUAAAGUCAUACGCCAUGUUGGAAACCAAAACACACACACACACACCACCUGGGCACGCGGGGUUUGGGUUACCAAUGACCUUUAACCCCCCAGAACCUCGCCUCUCCACUUUUUGAUCGCUAAUCCAAAGUCUAGCGCUAGUGCUAAUAUAACUCCAGUAGAAAAACGUGCUGUGUGGAUGCCAUAACACCAAGGACAUGUGUUAAAAAGGGGUUAGGUCUCUCUUAUCGUAAAUCACUGGGGUUCAAAUCUGUGCCUGUCAAAAUGAGGUCCAGCUUAGUAACUACAAAGAAAAGAAGAGGUAUUUCCAUAGCAGACAUGCAUGGCCCAAGACUGAACCGGACUCAAGACUGGAGGCACCUGUUAGGGCCAGUGGGAAGCAGGUUAUGUGUGGAUAUUGUUGUCUAACUUCAUAGUAAAUGUGUAAAACCUACGGAAAAAAAUAUUCAAGAAAAAGUACAAGGCCUGUCGUGAUCAAACGUAAAUAAAUAUAGAUGAUAAAUUACAAUAUUGAAAGUUAACCAUAAAGCAGAGUUAUCCCCUAAAAAAACCCCUAUCCCCUAAAAAAUGAACAAUGGAAAGUAGAGAAGUAGAAAGUCAUAGUCAUUGUCAAGUUGUCAAAAUUUUAAAAUUCACACUAGAGCAAAGAAAAGUCCCCACGUGAAAUACUGAAAUACCAAAAAUGAUAGUUCCAUCUGUCAUGUAUUGAGCGGUAAGUUGAUAUAGACUAAUACAGGACCAGUCAAAUGUUUGGACACACUAUCUCAUUCAAUGUUUUUGGUAUUUUUACUUUGUGUAUUUGAUUUACAUUCAGAAAUCAUCAAAUAUAUGACGCAAGAUAUAUGGAUCCUCAAAGUAGCCACGCUUUACUUUGCUGAAAAAUAGUAGAUAUUUAAUUUUUUCUUAAUACCAAUUCCAUAUAUCUUGCUUCAUAUAUUUGAUGUUGUAUCUAAAAUGUAGAAAGUUGUAAAAAUAAAUUGAUAAAAAUAAACAAAACACUGAAUAAGAUGGUGUAAUGUGAAUAAGAUGUACUUACUAGUAUAUUUAAACAACACCAGUCAAAAUACACCAUCUGUUUUAAUGUUUUUUAUUUAAAUUAUUUGUUACUAUUUUCUACUUUUUAUAUACAUAGAAGAUAUCAAAUAUAUGAAGCAAGAUAUAUGGAGUAAGUAGUAAAGUAAACAAAGGUGGCUACUUUGAAGAUCUGAAUUUUAAAAAAUCCAUAUCUUGCUUUGUAUAUAUUUGAUGUCUAGUAAAAUAAAGAAAAUAAAAACAACGAUUAAGAGGGUGUGAUAGAUUGAUAGCUGCUCUUAAAGUCAGCAGUGUCACAGAUCUCUUAAUAGUCUGAUGAUCCUUUAAAAAAAAAUCUCCAUGUAAUUCUUGAUAAUACUAAUAACAGUAGACUUUAUACUGUUUUAAAGUUGUGUAAUUAAACAAAUACAACAUUGA